AUGAAGCUCUCGCCAUCUCUCUCUGAUGAGCUUGCUCGUUGGGCAGAGCAGCAGCCCGUCUUCUUCACUGGAUCAGCUUCUACUCAUGGUCGACACAUCAACGUCUCCCCCAAAGGCCUUGAUGCGCAUUUUGCCGUCUUCGGCCCCAACCAAUGCGCAUACAUUGAUCGCACUGGAUCUGGGUGCGAGACGAUUUCUCACGCGUAUGAAAAUGGCCGCCUCUGUCUCAUGUUCAUGAGCUUUGGCCCCUCACCGGGCAUCCUACGACUCUUCUGUCGUGCUACGGUUGUGGAGUGGGACCAGCCUGCAUUCCCUGACCUGGUGCGCAGGAUUGCCAAGGGCAAGCGAGAGACAUUUGACGGUGCUCGCGCCGUCAUUCUUUGCGACAUUUGGCAGACCCAAACCAGCUGUGGCUUUGGUGUCCCGCGGGUCAAAAAGGGAAUCUACACCUCCGAGGAUGAUGGAGAUGACCCGAGCAAUGCUGGUCUUUCGGUGUUUGAACAGCGCCCCACCCUGGACAGCUAUUCUGCAAAACAGGCCCAAAACAACAAGACGCUGGGCUAUCAAGUCACCAACAAUUGCAGCAGUCUUGAUGGCCUCCCCGGACUGAGAGCGGCUCGGCGCGAGGCCGGACAAAGGCUCUGGGUGGGCGACCUGAAGGCCAGGGUGCGGAGAAUUGCCUCCGAAGGGGAAGCCGUUGCGGUGGGUUUCUUUCUAGCAGUUGCCUUGUAUUUUGUUUUGUCUUGGAUAGAUGUACGCUUGGUUUCUAAGAUUACGAUGUAA